AUGAUGCUCUCGCCGGAAGAUCUGACGGGUUCGGCGGUGGCUCGGGUGGAGGAGGAGGGCUCGACCGCAACAAAUCCAUCAUCUCAGGUGGGGGGGGAGUUAACGAGAGUCCCCGGAGCAGAUGGUGAGGACUGGAACAAUCGAAUCUCGCACGUGAAGGCCAUGAACGAAGAAACGGAUGAUGUCGGGGAAAUCUCGGAUGAGUUUGUAAAUGAUCCCAGAUGCCUAACGAUUGCAGAUCUUAGUCGAGAGCCAUGA